GCGGCGGCGGCGGCGGCGGAGGACCCAGGAUGGGGGGCCGGAUAGGGGGCGCAGCGGGAGGAGGAGGGGGAACGACGGCCCCCGCCCCCGAGAAGCUCCCCGUCCACGUAGAAGAUGCCCUCUCCUACCUGGACCAGGUAAAGAUCCGCUUUGGGAGCGAUCCGGCCACGUACAACGGUUUCCUGGAAAUCAUGAAGGAGUUUAAGAGCCAGAGCAUUGACACCCCCGGGGUCAUCCGGCGUGUCUCACAGCUGUUCCACGAACACCCUGACCUCAUCAUCGGCUUCAACGCUUUUCUACCAUUGGGCUACCGGAUAGAGAUCCCAAAGAAUGGGAAGCUCAGUAUCCAGUCGCCUCUGGCUGGCCAGGUGUCCUUGGCUCCUGUGCAGAUCCCCCUGUCUGGCUCUGGCCUGAUGCUCCAUUACUGCCAGGAGAAAGCCCACAAUCACGGGGACUGCCCAGAGGACUUCCACCACCACCAUCACCACCAGCAGCAACAACAGCCUUGCAAGGAUGACAAGCUGCAGAUGCCGCUGGAGUCAGACUCCGUGGAGUUCAACAACGCCAUCAGCUACGUGAACAAGAUCAAGACCCGGUUCUUGGACCACCCUGAAAUCUACCGCUCCUUCUUGGAGAUCCUUCACACAUACCAGAAAGAGCAGCUGAGCACCAAAGGGCGGCCAUUUCGGGGCAUGUCUGAGGAGGAGGUCUUCACGGAGGUGGCGAAUCUCUUCCGGGGCCAGGAAGACCUGCUUUCUGAGUUCGGGCAGUUUCUCCCUGAGGCGAAGAGAUCUUUGUUCACAGGCAACGGGCCGUGCGAUGCAAACAGCCUCUCCAAACUGGAGCAAGAGAAGCACCUGGAACACAGCAAGAAGCGCUCCCGGCCCUUGUUGCUCCGGCCUGUUCCUGGCCCGGCCAAGAAGAAAAUGAAGCUGCGAGGGACAAAGGACCUCUCGGUGGCAACCGUGGGAAAAUACGGGAGCCUGCAGGAAUUCUCCUUCUUCGACAAGGUGCGCCGUGUCCUCAAGAGUCAAGAGGUCUACGAGAACUUCCUUCGCUGCAUCGCCCUCUUCAAUCAAGAGCUGGUGUCGGGCUCCGAGCUACUUCAGCUGGUCACACCCUUUUUGGGGAAAUUUCCCGAGCUCUUGGCCCAGUUCAAGUCUUUCUUGGGGGUGAAAGAGCUCUCCUUUGCUUCCCCGAUGACGGACCGCUCUGGGGAUGGGGUCUGCCGGGAGAUCGACUACGCCUCCUGCAAGCGCAUUGGCUCCAGCUACCGGGCCCUGCCCAAGACCUACCAGCAGCCCAAGUGCAGUGGCCGGACAGCCAUUUGUAAAGAGGUGCUGAAUGACACCUGGGUGUCAUUCCCAUCCUGGUCAGAAGACUCCACCUUUGUCAGCUCAAAGAAAACGCCCUACGAGGAACAGCUGCACCGGUGUGAGGAUGAGCGCUUUGAGCUGGACGUUGUCCUGGAGACUAAUCUGGCCACCAUCCGUGUGCUGGAGAGCGUGCAGAAGAAGCUGACCCGCAUGUCUCAGGAAGACCAGGAGAAGUUCCGGCUGGACGACUGUUUGGGAGGCACAUCAGAAGUCAUCCAGCGCCGGGCCAUCUACCGCAUUUACGGCGACAAAGCACCAGAGAUCAUUGAGAGCCUCAAGAAAAACCCGCUUUCUGCCGUCCCUGUCGUGCUGAAGAGGCUGAAGGCCAAAGAGGAAGAGUGGCGAGAGGCCCAGCAGGGCUUCAACAAGAUCUGGCGGGACCAGUACGAGAAGGCCUACCUGAAGUCCCUUGACCACCAGGCCGUGAACUUCAAGCAGAACGACACCAAGGCCUUGCGCUCCAAGAGCUUGCUCAAUGAGAUCGAGAGCGUCUAUGAUGAGCACCAGGAGCAGCACUCUGAGGGAAGAGGAGCCAUCAACGAGCCGCACCUCAUUUUUGUUUACGAAGACAAGCAGAUCCUGGACGACGCGGCCUCCCUCAUCAGCUACUUCGUGAAACGGCAGCCCACCAUCCAGAAGGAGGACCAGGCCACCAUCUGGCAGAUUGUCCACCGCUUUGUGCCUGACCUGUUUUUCUCCCAGCUGACCAACAACCAGCCUGCCUUGGAAGAGUUGCCCAACGAGGAGAAAGGGAGCCCGAAGGCUUCCCCUCCGCUGGACACGCGGGACCUGCGGAAAAGGGGCCCACCCGUGGAGGACAAGGGGCCACCCCCCGUGGCAGAGGCCCAUGAGUUGCGGAAAAGGACUGCGCCCGCCCUGCCCACCAGCCCCAUGGAGGAGAAGCCCCCUGCCUUAGACGGCCACGAGCUGCGCAAGAGGAACCCUGUGGGGGCUGCGGCGGCGCCCCCCACCAGCCCCCCCAAGGAUAAGGGCAGCUUGGAGAGUGGAGCGCCGCUGCCUCCGGCCACGUCUGGGCCCCACCACACGCUCGAUAACAUGUAUGCGCUCUUCUUUGCCAAUAACCACUGGUACUUUUUCCUCCGCCUCCACCAGACGCUUUGCUCCCGGCUGCUCAAGAUUUACCGGCAGGCACAGAAGCAGCUGCUGGAAUACCGGACGGAGAAGGAGAGGGAGAAGCUCUUGUGCGAGGGCCGGAAGGAGCGGGCAAAUGACCCGGCCAUGGAGCUCCGGCUGAAGCAGCCAAGUGAAGUGGAGCUGGAGGAAUAUUAUCCAGCAUUCCUGGACUUGGUGAGGAAUCUGCUGGAUGGCAACAUCGACCCCACCCAGUAUGAGGACACACUGCGGGAGAUGUUCACCAUCCACGCCUACAUCGGCUUCACCAUGGACAAGCUGGUGCAGAACAUUGUCCGGCAGCUGCAUCAUUUGGUGAGUGAUGAUGUCUGCCUGAAGGUCGUGGAGCUGUACCUUAGCGAGCAGAAGUGUGGGGCAGCUGGGGGCAACCUGUCCUCCCAGUGCGUGCGUGCGGCCAAGGAGACCAGCUACCAGUGGAAGGCCGAGCGCUGCAUGGCGGACGAGAACUGCUUCAAGGUCAUGUUCCUUCAGAAGAAGGACCAAAUGAUCAUGACCAUUGAGCUGCUGGACACGGAGGAGACCCAAACAGAAGACCCCACGGAGGUCCAGCACUUGGCUAAUUAUGUGGAACAAUACGUGGGUGUGGAGGGAGCCCCCAGCAGCCAGAGCGAAGGCUUCCUCUUGAAGCUCGUCUUUCUGCAGAGGAACCUGAAGAAGUUCCGUCGAUGGCAGUGCGAGCAGGUCCGGGCCUUACGUGAGAAGGCGAAGAGCUCCUGGAAGCAGGUGGUCGGGGUGGAGAGUGCCUGCAACGUGGACUGCAAGUUCAAGCUAAACACGCACCGGAUGCUGUUCGUCAUGAACGCCGAGGAUUACAUGUACCGCCGCGGGGCUCUGGCCCGGGCCAAGCAGGCACAACCCGCCGUCUUGCUGCGGUACCACCGCCGCUUUGAGGAGUGGCACCAAGGGUGGCUGAGCCGCCACGUGAACAGAGAGGCGGCCGAGCUGGUCCAGGACUGGCUGAUGGGGGACGAGGACGAGGACUUGGUGCCCUGCAAGACCACCUGUGAGACGGUCAGCAUCCACGGGGUGCCCGUUAACCACUACCGUGUCCAGUACAGCUGCCAGCCGGCCUCACCCUGACCCCUCCCCCCCCGCCAUGGACUCUCUCUCUCUCUCUCUCUCUCUCUCUCUCUCUCUCUCUCUCUCUCUGGGGAUGCAACGUAUCUGUCACUGGUAUUUAUCCAACCAGCGUUGUUGUUGUUUUCCUUUUGGGUUGUGACUCGGGACGAUGAUGACGUAUUUUACCCCAACCCAUUCCCCCCCCCCCAUGGUGUGGCAUGGAUGUGCUUGCCCUGAAACGGACAGACUCUCUCUCUGCAAUUGGCAGUGGGGGGGGGGGGCGAGGUUAGCAUAUGCUGUUUCCACUGGAACUGGAACUGGAACUCUGCAGGCCUUGACCUGGGCAGGCGGGAGGGAGGACCCUGAUGGUUGCUCUUUGGGAAAGACCCAGAAGAUGAACGUGGGGCAGGGGAGAAGGCCUCCCCCCCCAUCGGUCAGUCACGGUGCAGGGAACAUUCAGUGCCAAAUGGGGAGGCCAUUGAAACACCUUUUCCUUUCUCCCUCCUUGCGACUGAGUCCCCAGCGUGGCCUGUUGGUGGCUGUUCCCACAUGGGUGACAAAUGAAAUAAAAUACAGGUAUGGUGGGGCUUUAUUUGGGGGGGGGGUGUUGUGGCCAAGUGCAUCUUGUUCUCCUGUGGGCAUCUCGGGACCUUUCCAGCUGCACCGUAUGGAGCCCCCUGGGCAGCUUACCCAAUAACGGGUGCAGAAUUUGGCCCACAGAGUGGGUGCAAGGUGAAAGGACGCCGCCGCUGUUGCCCUCUCAGAGGGUUCUUUCAGCUGUGACAAGUUCCUUUGCCCAAGAACAACCUGCCAUGGUCCAGAGGGCAGCUGGAGAAGGGCCCCUCUCUGCGACAGGGAGGGCCUUGCCCUGGAGGGGGGGCUUUUGUGCUUUCUUGCUGAGCUGCAGUGGCUUGGCAGGGCAAGGUCAUCUCCAAGGGGGGCCGGGGCCUGUUGAACUUCCAUCUUCCUUUCCUUGCCACCCUCAGCCCUUGGCCAUGAAAGGCACACUCCUGCUCGUGUGUGUUUUGGGGGCUUCCCACACAAGAGUGCAGCGCCCCUCCCUCCCUCCGGCCCUCUCUCACUGCCAAGGAACUUGUAGCGGUCCAGCUGUUCUGCCCCCUCCCGCUCUCACCAUCUUUGCCUCCAGGAAAGCUGCUCCUCCUCCUCCAACUCUCUCUCAACUCCUGCUGCUGCUUUCCUGAGCAGAGAGAAGAGAGCCCAACUGUGCCAAAUUCUGUUUGACAAAACAGUUCCUUAAAUAGUAGCUUUGUGGCUUAAUGUGUUCUUUUUUUUAAUCUUUUGGGGGCCAUCAUGAAAAAUCCUGCCCUCUUUGUAGCCCCCGCAUCACCCCCCUGCCUGCCCUCUCCCUUCCCCUCGAACUUUUAAAAGUGUACCACCUUCUUCAGGCCACCUUUAUGCAUCCUGUUUUUUGUUUUGUUUUUAUAAAGCAAUUAAUUUAUAAUCUGAGUGGGCAAAGCGAGGCACUAACCCUCUCCUCUCAUCCCCAAAGGGGUGAUGUUAGCGGGGUGGGUGGGGGCUACUUGGCGCCAAGGAGGGCCUGUCGGUAGCCAGAGGAGGUGAAUGGGAGAGACCCUCCUUCCGUCUCUAUUUUUGUCGCUGAAGGGAUCUCUUCUUUCUUUAAUGGCUUUGUUACUUGCUUUGCCAACUCUUUGAAUGUAGUUUUUUAAAAAAUAUUUAUUUGCACAUCAAGUAAAAU